AUGGCCUCCGAGAAUGUUCACACCAGAAAGCCAGCCCGGGACUUCCAGGCCACCGCUGUGGUGGACGGCGCCUUCAAGGAGGUGAAGCUUUCAGACUACAGAGGGAAAUACGCAGUCUUCUUUGCCUAUGCUUUGGACUUCACUUUCAUGUGCCCCACGGAGAUCAAGGCUUUCAGCGAGCAUGCCAAGGACUUCCGCAAGCUGGGCUGCAAGGUGCUGGGGGUCUCCAAAGACUCACAGUUCACCCACCUGGCUUGGAUUAACACCCCCCAGAAGGAGGGAGGCUUGGGCCCUCUGAACAUCGCCCUGCUGGCUGAUGUAACCAGAAGCCUGUCCCAUGAUUUCGGCAUGCUGAAAAAAGAUAAGGGGAUUGCCUACAGGGGCCUCUUUAUCAUGGAUGGCAAGGGUGCCUUCACCCUAUCACUAUCAAAGAUUUGUCUCUGUAGGGCUCCGUGGAUGAGGCUCCAGCUGGUCCAGGCCUUUCAGUACAUAGAUGAGCAGGAGGAAGUCUGUCCCACUGGCUGGAAGCCAAGCAGUGACACGGUCAAGCCCAACGUGGAUGACAGCAAAGAAUACUUUUCCAAACACAACUAUGCUGACAAACAGGUGCCGAGCUUGGGCCCUUUGCCCCUACCUGGGUGCCCCGGGCUGGCCCAGGAAAGGCCAGAUCUGGCCCUUCAUACUCCACAGUCUGUGGCCCUGAAGGCCUAG